UUUAACUUCAUGGAUUGAUUUAUCAGGUUUCCUUCAUUGUUAUUUAUGACUGUAAUACCGAUCCUGCGUUUUCAGUCUCUAAUUAUGGAGACCAAUUUCACAAAUUCUAAUGCAGUUUCGGUGUGGAACUCUAAGUUAUCGAAAAUCUUGAUUCCAAACAUCAUCGUAUUAUCACUAUACAUAUUUUUGGGAAUUAUUGGGAACACCACUGUUAUAAUAGUUUAUAGAUUUCGAAUGAGGAAAAAAUCCGAGGACAGAUAUUUUAUUCCGAUAUUGGCUGUUUCGGAUUUGGCAGGAGCUACAGUUUGUGGUUCGUUCGGAAUUGCACUGAAUAUGAUGCAGACAGAAUUUACCAGCACACGUUUAUGCAAGGCCUGGUGGUUUUUUGCAGCUUUUACGCAAUAUAUGUCUGUUUUAUUGUUACUUAUUAUCGCCACACAAAGAUAUCUUAAAGUAUGUAAACCUCAACGUCAUCAAAUGAAACAAUUCCAUAAACGUUUGGCGGUAGGAUUGUCUUUUGGUGUCGCCUUUGUAUCAGCGGCACCGAUAACCGCGCUGUAUGGAUCCGUUGAUUUUCCGAAUUCAGAUGGAAGUAUAAUAGGUACACGAUGUAGCAAGUUAAAGGAAGUUAACAAAACGUUGACGCUCCUGUAUGGUAUUGUUAUUAUCAUUAUGCUUUUGACUUCUAUGACAAUUAUGAUUUUUUUCUAUAUACGAAUUGGGCAUAAGGUAUACGUUCAUUUCAAAAACAAGAACAAUUCAUUCUCAUCUGGUAAAGAACAAACAAGUUCAAAUAUUGACACAGAAAUGCACACUAUCACGUCUGUUAUUUCCUGUGGUGACGGACCUGCGACGGAACAUAAGGAAUCAAAUCCAGAAAUAGAAAAAUAUGAACCGGAAGGAAUAACACCAAAAACUAAGUCAAAGGUCAAAAAUUCAACAGGAAGUGCUGAUAUAAAUAAGAGGCUUGUACAUAAAUUUACAAUAAUGUUCAUGAUGAUUACAAUACUAUUUCUUAUAAGUUAUAUUCCUAAAGUGAUACUGAUAGUAAUUGAAGGUCUUAAUCCAUAUUUCUGGCAGAACUUCUCCGACAAUGAACGACCCGGAAUUCUAUUUAUUUAUAGAAUGUAUAUUGUAAACAAUAUCGUCAAUCCGUUUAUCUAUGCUUUUAUGGAUUUGGAUUUCAGAAAAGAAACAAGACAAUUGUUAACGUUCAAAAGUAUAGCCUCGGUUUGGAAGUAGGGUUAUCAUUGUUUCAGUAAAAUAGUAUAGCCUCGUUUUGGAAGUAGGGUAUACCAUUGUUUCAGUAAAAUAGUACAGCUCGUGUUUAAAGUUGGGAAUACCUGUCGGAGCGUUCAGUGUAACCUUUGUUUUCCUAAUAGUUUCUGGUUGUACGUCGAUUUAAAAAAAAACAACGUAAGUUUUAAAUUAUGUCAGUACCGAAACACGGACUACUAUAGUACUGAUCAGCAUGCGAGGAUUUACACGGGAAAAUUUUGUUCGCCAGCAGCGAUAUCGAUCGAGGGAUAAUAAAUGAAAAUACUAUUGCAUCAGAUAUAUGGCCUUUUCUGGAUUAUACUUCGUCAGGUACGCUCAAAACUGGGCAAAUAUUUAAAAGCCCAGUACACAUUAGCAAUUGAAUACG